UGCAGGUCCGCUUUUCUGCUCCACGUCGGUUUGAUGUUCAGGCGAUCUCAGCUGCACUUGUAUACGAGUCGGUGUUUUUCAGCUUUGGAAUAUCUUCAUGGUUAUUUGAUAUUCUAUCGGGGCAUGACUACUUCGAAGCGUUUCAUGACACCUACUACUCACAUAACGCUAACCAGGAGACGGUGCAGAAACUCUCUCGUACCUGUACUACCAAAUCAGACAAUAUAGUAUACCCACUGUCGCUGCUGCCUCAG